CGAUGCUCUAUUUUCGUGUACUACUAGGUAGAAGUCGACCCUGGAACAAAGUUACAGAAUAAAAGAGGUGCUCUUCUUCAUCUUUGGUCAAUUUCUACAACCACGCAUAAAAAAAUCAUCAUGAGCCUUCACCUUCUAUUGAACACCGCUGCAGGAGGCUCAUAAUAGGAGUGUGUGCUCGCAGCAGAAUGGGUGGUGGCCGAGGCAAGGGUGGUUUGCUAGCGCGCGGUCGGUCAAACCCGGUCGCACAAAACUCCACGCAGAGCAGCGAGGCCCAGCGUUUGCGGAAGGAAAAAGAGGAACUUGAAAAGAAGCUUCGUGAUGUCACCAAGGAGCGGGACAGGUGGCUUCGAAAAUACUCCACGGUACUCUACUUCUCAUGCUGUUGAAGUAUUGGAUUGAGUUUACUAGCUGUGUUGCCUCGACGUUCUGGAAAUUUAUCGAACAAGUACAAGUGUUUAAAUGGUGGCUAGUACAGGUGUCUGUUGUGCGCCUGCGAGUUCCUACUUUCGAUGUUCUUCAGAAUCAACAAUCGUCGUGCUGCAAGCAGCUUUCGACGAAAUAGAAGAAGUGCAGAAAAAUGCAUCAAUCUAAUACUAGGCUGUGCCGAAAGACAAGGAGGCUGCGAAGCGAUGGGGCGAGAUUAAGAGCGGAGCUGGGGAGGGCGAUGCCAAGCGCAAGAACUUUUUCGAGCGCAUGGAGCAACAUACCGGCGGCCACGGCACAAACAGCGCACGACGGCACGACCGCGCCCCCUCCAACAGCGGUCCUAUGCCCCUUAUGGACCUGGAACCUCCCAGUUCCAGUAUUGUGAAUAAUCAGAACAACAACCCCAUCAACAUGUUGGUUGCGGUUCCCGCGGUCAAAGGACCAGACACACGCGACAUGACGGCGGAACUGCAGGAGUACUUCGAAAAUCUACAGAGGGAAAAACCUGAUAGAGGUGCGGCCGCCGCAGCCGUAGAAAAUUAUCAAAAUGCUGCAGGAGCGGGGGUAGCAGGAGCUUCAUCAUCCUCCAAUACGACCGCUGACAACGCUGCAGGGGAGACCACGCUGGUUGCUUUCGAGAGCACUACUGCUGGUGGUCAACAUCAGCCUUGCUCCAGUACUUCUUCCAGUUCUUCAUCUUCUUCAUCCUCCGGAGCUGCUGCAAAAAGGACUACAACCACCAGCUACCCAAACUUCCUCGACCUCCCCAACUUAUUCCGGAGCUUUCGGGAUCGGGCCAGUUACGAGAUGACGCAAGCGGUGAAGUUUCUCCUGCAUGAGGACGAGUGCUUUUUCGGCGAAGAGUUGCCGCAGGACCGGGACGAGGAGCAGUUCCCGGGACAGUCGGGGCAAGAGCAAUACGUGCACUUGCUGAUCUCCUACGCGAUUCUCUGUCUAGAGGGGGUUCGAGUCCACAAGUUCCAAGAAGCGGCCAACGAGGAGGAGAAGUGUACUAACGCGAAUGGCGAGGGCAGUGCCGAGGCCGGCGGGGGCGUACACAGCAUGCAGGGUAGUAGCCACAUUUCCGCGAAGAAAAUGGGCAAGAAAAUGCGAUCCAGCAGCCGGAAAAAUCCGAGGGUGCUGAGCGGAAAGAUCUCGGAAAUCAACGACGAAUCGCGCGGAUUGACGAGCGUGAUGUCCCCCGAGGACGAGGAGGAGGAGGAGGAAGCCGAGCACAUGGACGUCCAGUGCCUGCUGCGGAGAGCAGGCGAGUUUCUGUACGCGGCGCAAGUCGACAUGGACGAGCUGGCGGCGAAUUUUCCAAAGCAGUACAUGCCUCUGAACGAAUUCGUCAAGCGGGUUCUGCAACCGUUCUACCUGGGUCUGCUGCUCGAAAAGAAACUUCUGCAGGACCAGAUGCUCGGCCCACCCGCGGUCUUGCCGCCGGAGACCAUCGAGCUGCGGAAGAACGAGCCGUUGAAGCGGGACGAGAGCGGCAAUUUGCUCGUCACCGGCGUGGAGAAGUUAUCGCCCUGCCGGCAGUACGUUUUGACGCGGCCCAAAUUCACGCCGAAGAUGAUGCGCCUGCUCUGCGAGGGGUGGUUCGACUACAGCGACAGUGAGGGGGAGGAAAUGAACCCGCCGCGGCAGGGCGAGAAGGAGCCCGGAUCCAUCAUGCAGUCGAUUUCGGCCUCGUCGUUCAUGCAGCAAACUGCCUCACGUGGCCGACAGGGGUUCCGGGAACUCCCCUCCUGCUCCGUAAGCGGCGCACCUCCUGGAGCCGACCCAUACCAAAAGAAGCGAGCUGCGGUACCGCAGAACAUCCGGGAGGCGGUUUCGCAGGGGAAGCACAAAGAGGUACAGUUGCGAUGCUCAUGUUUUCUUUCAGCCGAAUAAAGGGAGUCGGGUAAGUAUGCAAUUAUGCUUCACCCACCCGCCACCGCCCGUACCUUUUCUUCACAAAAUAAAACAGAAACGCAUCAAGAACACGGUGACCGACGGGAAGUUGCAGGCAACGAAGACCUUUCUCGGUGCGGAUCGUGAGGGUGCAAGCGAGGCCCGUCAUGCCAUAACGGGUAAGGACGAGCGGCGACUUGGGAAGAAGAUGCCGACUCUGAAUGAAAACGACAUGAUCAUCGAGCACACGGCAGGCGCGUCCCCGUCACAGGAACAAAGUGAAGACCUGGAAGACAUGUUAAGCCGAAUGGACCGGGAUGAAAUGAAUAUGAACCGCGAGGCCUCGUCUUCCGCCUCUGCGUCAGCCGCCGGCGGGGAGCCCCGAAGUGCGUCUGGACUGGAAUUUGCCCCGGUGACGAGAAGUGCGUUAGCCAGACAAGGAUCUUCCUCGGGAAUGAUGCUCGUCGGCGCUUCCAGCAGCAACGUGAGCUCGGUUGCCUCCAAUUCGUCCCAUGGUAAUCAUGUCUCACAUCAGCAGCCGCAGACGCAGACGCUGUCGACCAGAUUUCCGGCGCAAACGGCAACGACUAGUACCAUCACACACCAGGCGCACAACAAGCAGAAGUGGAGGAAUAAACAGUUGAACAGAAAUGAGAGUAUCUUUUCAGCGCAAGCAGAUUCCCCCCUUGUGCCGCCGCGGCCGCCGAUGCAACUCUCCAAGAACGUGUUGGACGAUGAUCCGUCUUUAAGGGCGGCCGCUCCGCCCGGCGGCAACAAAAGGCCCGCUCCCGCCGGGGCUGCAGCGACGUCGUCACAAGAAGACGGAGGGGGCAGCAACGAGCAGGCACAGCAACAGCUGCAGCAACGGGGCGGGCCAAAGAAGCAACGGAAAAUGGCUCCGAAUUGGAGCAAAGUUGCGAAUAAAAAGUAAUUGUAAAAAUGGAGACUGGAAAGUCCUUACUCAAGCAUGUGCUACACGUUCACCUCGUGGUGGAUGCAUCAAGUCUAAAGUAGCAACAGCACGGCACCGUCAUCUUGACGCUGGUGUGGACGUGAU